CCUCAUCAUCAUCAUCAGUACCCCUAUCUUCAUGCUCACUCUCUCUCUCUCUCGCUCUCCUUCACGGACAGUCCCUGCACUCUUCACUCAUCGCUGGACUCCGACACUCAACUCGCCCCCUUCGCCUCCCCCACACACUCGCACGCGCACUCUCUGCCUCUCCUCCUUGCAGAGAGUCGUCGUGGCCGCCGCCACCGCCUCCGCAAUGGCCGUACAGACCUCCAUUUCCAAAAUCACCCCCACGACCCUCCUCUGUGUACUCCUCCUGACCCUCCCCGCAACCCCCGCGGCCUCCCUCAACAUCACCGACCUCCUCUCCUCCUUCCCGGAGCUCUCCGCCUUCACCACCCUCCUCUCCUCCACCAUCGCCUCGGAUCUGGCCCAGCGAUCCGCCGUCACCGUCCUUGCCGUCCCCAACGCCUACCUCGCCUCCUCCGACCUCACGCGCCGCCUCUCCCCCACCUCCCUUGCCGACGUCCUCCGCUACCACGUGCUCCUCCAGUGCCUCUCCUCCUCUGACCUCCACCAGAUCCCCCCUUCCGGAACCCUCUUCACCACCCUCUUCCAGACCACUGGACGCGCCACCAGCAACUUCGGCUCCCUCAACAUCACGCGCGACCCCUCCACCGGCGCCGUCUCCGUCCACUCCCCAGCCCCUUACUCCCCCUCCAACGCCACCCUCCUCGAGCCCAUCAAGACCAUCCCUUACAACCUCUCCAUCUUCACCGUCAAUUCCCUCCUCGUCCCUUAUGGCUUCGACCUCAUGGCCUCCGAGACUCGCCCUCCCCUGGGCCUCAACAUCACCAAAGCCCUAAUCGACGGCCACAACUUCAACGUCGCCGCAUCCAUGCUUGCCGCCUCUGGCGUCGUCCAGGAAUUCGAGGCCGACGAGGGCGGCGCCGGGAUCACCCUCUUCGUCCCCACCGACACCGCCUUUGCCGAAUUGCCUACGAGCCAGAGUUUGCAGUCGCUGCCCGCGGAUAAGAAGGCCGUGGUGCUGAAGUUUCACGUCUUGCAUUCUUAUUACCCUCUUGGCUCUCUGGAAUCGAUCGUGAAUCCGUUGCAACCCACAUUGGCAACGGAGGACAUGGGAGCUGGGAGCUACACUCUCAACAUCUCCCGGGUCAAUGGAUCGGUGGCAAUCGACACCGGGAUCGUUCAGGCCUCGGUGACGCAGACCGUCUUCGAUGAGAACCCAGUGGCGAUUUUCGGGGUGUCCAGGGUUCUAUUGCCAAGGGAGAUCUUCGGGAAGAAUCCGUCGGUGGGUUCGAAGUCCGGCGGUCCGAUCAUGAGUGCGGCUCCCCCGCCCGGCAUCACACCCUCGCCCGAGAAUUCGCCUGGUGGUUUUGACGGGCCGCCGCCAAUAUCCAGGGAAGAGAUGCGGUCGGGAAGCUCUGUCGGCGGCGUGCAGAGACUGAUGCUGGUUUUGUGUUGUAUAUUAGUGUAUGUAGCUGUGUGAGAUUAAAUCCCAAUUUUUUUUUUUUUGCUCAUUCUUAUUUUCCUAUAAAUUUUUUUCUUGCUACGCCUGUUAAUUAUCGUUGAUUUGAUAAUUUUCUUUUUUUUUUCUUGUUUUUGCUUUGUUCUUACACGGUGGUAUUGAAUUCGGACAGCUGACGAUUUUUUCUUCUCUGCUGAAGAAAAGGAGAAGUGAAUUUGUGUCAAAAUGUUGGAAUAAGUGAGCACCAAUUUUGAUU